AUGGCAUUUUUUACUUUUUUCUCGUCUUUUUUCCGUUUCUUUUGUACGUUUUUGGUGUUUCAGACUUUUGUCAAAGCUUCUGAUGUAUUAAAUCUUAAUGAAGAAACAUUUAAAGAAACAAUACAGGGUAAUGGGCUUUUUCUCGUUGAGUUUUUUGCUCCAUGGUGUGGUCACUGCAAAGCCUUGGCACCUGAGUAUGAAGUAGCUGCAACAGCAUUAAAGGAAAAGGGUAUUACUUUGAUUCAAGUAGAUUGUACAGUGGAAACACGUCUUUGUGAAACGUACGGUGUUACAGGAUAUCCUACACUUAAGGUCUUUAAAGAUGGUAAUCAUGCGCCUUACGAAGGACCUCGAAAGGCAGCUUCUAUUAUUUCUUAUAUGAUUAAGCAGACACUUCCUGUUGUGACUUCUGUGUCUCUAGAAAACUUUGAAGAAUUUAAAACAUCGGAUGAAAUAGUUGUUAUGGCAUUUUUGGAUAGUCCAGAUAAUCCGCUGAAUGACCUUUACUUUUCUUUAGCUUCUAAAUAUCAUAAUAAAUAUUCUUUUGGUAUAUCCUUAGAUCCCGAAGUAUUUAGAAAAGUUCAAGUAAAUGCUCCGGCUGUUUAUAUGUUUAAAAAGGAGGAUGAUGUUUAUGUUGUGUAUCGGGGAGAAUACGAAUAUGGUUUGUUAGAGGAUUUCAUUAACUCAGAAAGUCUUCCUUUGUUUGGCGAACUUCUUCCUGAAACAUAUGAAAAAUACAUUUCCAGUAAAAUACCUAUAGGUUGCAUUUUUGUUUCUUCAGUGGAAGAAAGGAAGACGUUUGAAGCUACGCUUCUCCCGCUUGCUCUUAAAUAUAAGGGGAAAGUGAGUUUAGUCACAAUUGAUGCAACUUUAUAUGGUGGACAUGCUGAAAACUUGAAUUUGAAACAAACUUGGCCAGCAUUUGCUAUUCAAGAAACAAAAUCAAACAAGAAGUUCCCAUUUGAUCAGACAUUGGAGCUUCAUAUAGAAAAUCUUGAUAAGUUUUUGAAUGAUUAUGUUUCUGGUCAUCUUGUUCCUACUAUUAAGUCAGAGCCGGUACCAGAAACACAAGAGGGCCCUGUAUAUGUAGUAGUAGCAAACAGCUUUAAAGAUGUGGUUCUUGAGACACACAAAGAUGUUCUUCUUGAAUUUUAUGCACCGUGGUGUGGCCAUUGUAAAAAUUUGGCACCCAAAUACGAUGAUUUAGGUCGUCUUUUUAACUCUAAUUCAGAAUUAAAUAAAAAUGUGAUAAUUGCUAAAAUUGAUGCUACAGCAAACGAUCUUCCGGAUAAUUUGGAAAUCAGAGGGUUUCCUACAAUUAUGCUUUUUACUGCUAAUAAUAAAGAAAACCCUAUUGAAUAUAGUGGUCCUCGCACAGUUGAAAGUUUUAUUGAGUUUAUUCAUCAAAGAGGCCAUCAUAAAGUCAAUGCGAUGCAAUAUUAUCUUUCUAAACCGCCAACGCAGCAAGAGUCUGGUUCACCAGAUACUGGGCCAUUAGAACAUGAUGAGCUGUGA